GAGAGAGAGAGAGAGAUCGGCGACAGUUAAAUAAUGCUGGUAUUUCAACUUUCAGAAACAGAAUUAUGCUGUGUACAACAAAAGAGAAAAUAAAGCUGCACCUAGAAAAGAAAUGCCGGAACACUGAUCAUGUUGCAGAUGAAGAAAUCCAAUCUGAAGCGUUAAAAUUUAUUACUAAUGGGAAAAGCACUUUCGACUACAGCAGCACAUCCUCAGUCCAAACCUCGAGUCAAAGACAACAUACGUUACGUGGAACCAGUUAACCAGAGCACACCCACGAACCAGAUUGAUCCAGACACAAUCCAGUUAGAUCCGGUUACAGCCAGACAACCACGGGAAGGGAGACAACAAGCAGGUGCAAGAAAUGUACAUCCGGUUACGGCAAGACAACCGGAAGAAGUCGGAAAAGUGUAUCCGGUUACAGCAAGAGAACCGGAAGAAGUCGGAAAAGUGUAUCCGGUUACAGCAAGAGAACCGGAAAUAGCGAAAAAAAAACCACCACCCGAAUCACUGUACCCGUAUCACGCAGAUGCAACCUAUCGCAAAAGGGACGAUGCUCGUCAGAAACCAAUACCUUACUACGACGAUUCGGACGACGAAAGCCCCAGACAGUUGUAUCCACACAACUGCAAAUGGUUACAAUACGACAUAGCAAGGGAGCCCGUCAUAGGCGGGCUGGGACAAGGAUAUCGGGUUCUGAGAAGGGACUGGAAUAAAGGCGCUUACAAAUUCGUGUCCGUUGAUUGUCUUCGGGAUCCGACGGUGCGUUGGGAGCUGGAUCGGUCAAUUUGUGCGAGACUCAGAGAGGACAAGUAUCUUCCAUACCUCACGGAUAUCACAGUCGCUGAGACCGUCUGGGGGUCGGCAAUAGUCGUUGGCGAUCACAUGAACAAAUCCGUCAAAUGCUUCUUCUAUAAGACCGACCACUACAGGCACAGCUGUUUUCAUCUCAAUGACUUUCCCAAAGGAAUCACUAGGUCGACACUAAGUGGCGUUGCUGUAGCGAUUCCGGAUGCAAAGAAAAUACUGUUUCUAAGCGUGACCCCUGAACUAAAGUAUAACUACCACGUGAUCACGCAGAAGAAAUAUCAUUACUUGGCAAGCAUAACGGAGACCAAGCUGGCAGCUAGCGCCCCCUGGGAACACGUUCCAACAGUGGAUGUCGUGGAUUCCUCCGGACACGUGAUAUCGUCUGUCUGCGCACACGGACCUAUUUUAACGCGCCCGACGUAUCUCACGGUAACACCAAACAAGGAGUUAAUCAUCGUCGACAAAGCCUUUCGCUAUGCUAGAUGGCGAAAUGACGUCAUGCAUGAAACUGAUUUGCGUCAGUCUGUCGGGCAAGGUGAAAUGGACGUACCCAUUCGAAGACACGGGGUAUGCGGGUCAGGGUCACGUGCUCAAACAUCCGACUGGCGUGAGCUGUGACAGAGACGGUGGCGUGUUCGUUGCAGACUACAGACGUCACAAAAUAGUCCAGCUGACGUCACUGGGCCGAUUUGUAGCAGAUAUUAUUACGCCGGAUGACGAAUUAAGUAGUCCCGACGGGGUGUAUUACGACUACCACAAAAACAGACUGUUUGUCGCGGAACGUAGAGGUCAGAUAAAAGUGUUUAAUCUUCCAUGGCAAAAUAUACAUGUAUGACUUAAAUCAUAACAUAGAUGGGAUAGCAAGUAAAGGGUUAACACUUUUAGUUACUGUUAUAUCUAUUAACUGAAUUAAACUGGAUUUAACCAUAAACCACAAACACGAGAUUUAACUCGCGAAAGUGUAUUCCAGAAGAGGAAGAUCAUUACAUUAUAUCAUGAGAUCAGAACCUAACUCGCUAAAACUCGGAACAGACUGCCAGUAGUAACACGGACUCGGACUGCAAUACACUACAUUCCUCCCACGUCUCCCAAUUGUUAAGUUCACUUGUAUUCUUUCAAGUAUUUUGGUAGCUGCUUUUCUCGUUGAGGUCUAGGCGAUAUCACUGUAACCUGGUUUUCUUGAAUUACAUCCGAUUCAGUAACCCAAAACACCAUUCUCAUCAUCAUAAGAUGUAAUGUAAACUUCUGGUUGAUUUCCAUCUUGGUGAACUCUAUCUGGGUCUUCGCAAUACUUGCGAACAUGUGAAAUAUUGCGUUUGUACUGUACUCCUUCUGGUGAUUUUUACCGUUAUUCGACUGCCACGUCUAUCAAUUACAUCGUAUGGAAUAUUCGCAAACUGCGUUGAAAGUUUGUUUUGGAUAACCAUGUGUACAAAACAUCCGUUCAAGGCUUUCAAUCAGUUUCUCUGAAAUUAUUGUUUUCAAAAUGUCUAUCUCGAAAAACCGACUAUAGUAGUCCACUACUACAAAUAUUUAACUACUAUAUGGUAAUGGUCCAAGUAAAUAUGCUGCUAAUACUUUCCAAGGUCCGGACGGCAACAUCGUCGACUUUAUAGGUUCAGGAGGUGAUGGUUGACUAACUAGUUGACACCCGAGGUGAUGGUUGACUAACUAGUUGACACCCGAGGUGAUGGUUGACUAACUAGUUGACACCCGUGGCAUGAUCUCGACUUGUACUCUAUAUCUUGGUCAGCAGUUGGCCACCAUACUUUACUUCUUAAUCUUUGCUUAGAUUUGACUAUCCCCUGGUGUCCCUCGUGCGCAAGAUGUACCACUUGUUUCCGCAAUUUUCUUGCAAUUACAAUCCUUGAUCCUCGCAGAAUCAAUUGUCCAAGUACUGUCAGUUCAGUUCUCACCUGUUUAUAUCCCUCAGGUGUAUUGGUCCAAAUUCCGGUUUGAAUACUCUCAUAAUUUUAUCAUCUCCGGAUCAACAGACUUUUCUCGUUCUACGAGACCAAUUGGAACACUAUUCGGUGUUGAGUUUUCUGCAACGAAUCAAAUAUAGUCCUCUGCCGUAUUAUCCUUCUAUGGUACUGAUUUGUUUGUAAAUCGUGACAACGAAUCUGCAAUGAUAACAUUUCCUGGAAUUUAUCGCACUUUGAAUGUGUAUGGCUGCAGACGAAGAACCCAUCUUUCAACACGUGCACUUGGUUUGGAUUUAGUAGAGUAAAUGAAUUCUAACGGUUUGUGAUCAGUCAACAGUUCAAAUGUCAAUCCAUAAAGAUAAGUAUGGAACCUCUCACAUGUCCAUACCAGUGCUAAGGCUUCUUGUGUUCUGUCUGAGAAUACCUUCGCUCAACAUCUGACAAACUCCGACUCGCAUAACUGAUCACUCUUUUCUCCCCGUUUUGUUCCUGAAUUAACACCACAACCAAACUGACAGGACUAGCAUCUGCAAUUACUUGUGUAAAUGCAUUCUGGUCAUAAUAUCCCAAUUUUCUGCAUUUGCUAAUCGCUGUUUCAAUUUCUGGAAACUUUGAGCUUCUUCGUUACCCCACACAGAAAAGUGUCAUUUUCUCUUGACUUUAAUCUACAUAAUGUCUCAGACACAGUCGCCAGAUGUGGAAUGAACUUCCCACUGAAAUCGGCCAGUCCCAAGAAACUGCGAACCUCACUAACAGUCUCUGGUUUUCUAGCUUCUAAAACUGCUUUCACUUUUUCAUCAGUUGGUCCAAUUCCUCGGGAUGACAAUUCAUGAACCAUGUAUGUCAGUUUUGACAUGCUGAACCGACAUUUUUCUAAAUUCAAAGUCAGUCCCAAUUCUCGAAAUUUCUGUAACGCUAUUUCGACUUAACAGUUGUGUUCUUCUACCGUUGAAGCAUCAUUCAAGAAAUUGCUAACACCUUCACAAUCUUGAUGUGCAUGUUGCAAAACACGUUGAUAGAUCUCUAGUGCACAGCUAAUGCCAAACGUUAACCGCCGAUACCGACAGAGACCCUGAUGUGUAGCAAAUGUUUUUAUCUCCCUUGACUCUGGACUUAACUCGAUCUGAUGGUAAGCCCACGUUAUGUCCAGUUUAGUGAAGAUUUUGCUUUGAUUCAUUUCUUGCAAAACUUCGUCUACGGUUGGAAUAGGAAAGAAAGAAGUGUUUUAUUUAACGACGCACUCAACACAUUUUAUUUACGGUUAUAUGGCGUCAGACAUAUGGUUAAGGACCACACAGAUUUUGA